AGUUUUACACCACAACGUGCUAACUGACCUAAAACUGACUUUUCAUCGUUCCAUUUCUACAUCUGUGUAAAAACAAACAAACAGCAACAAAACAACAACCCGUAGCUAGCAUGAGCAGUUCGUUGAAAAUGAUUUAGCUGAAGUACAUAUUGAAAGUCGAAACCAACGAUUUAGAACUAAACAACUGUUAGAGAACACAUUUUAGCAAAGGAAUAUGUUUAAAAACAAAACAGCUUGGUUCUCAGACAGUGUAAAGAGAGACAUUCCCAGGUUUUGGGUGUCUGAGGGCGGCGUUAUCUCCGACUGGAAAACAGCUGAUUAUCUUUUCAGUGACGAGGCCUCCUGUCCUGACACGAAAAGGAUCCACGUGAGUGAUGAGUAUGUGAUGGACAGAGCCACGGUAUUUCACAGCGCCUACCUGUCCACCUGUAGGCUGCGGCGGAGCACCAAAUCUGUGCCACUUGGUCAUUAUCUACUACCUCCUGUUUCGAUACAGAGAGAGGUGAAAGCCAAGAUUGGAAGGUUUAUAUGGGAGCAGGAUGAGAUGCUAGGAGUGACUGUGAGUAUAUUGAUUUGUAUAGCAUUAUUUCUAUUGAUCAGUAUUGGUUGUAAAUCUUCUCUCACACCUCAUUUAUUAAAGACGCCACAUGGAAACCGAAGCACCGGACAGAUGUUGAACAUCCGGCCUGAUGCUAAAGGAAGUCCGUCAGAGAAAAGAAAGAAAAGGCAGGAGAACCGCAUGAACACAUCUCCAUCAACAGACGAAUCGGUCUGUUGUGAGGCGCAGCUCUAUCCUGUAAACAACAUGGUCUCAGGUUACGUCCAUAUUGACCAGCUAAAGAGGUUCUCAGGAGAGCUGCACGACUUCCUUCCGUCCCACUCGGGUUAUUCGGUCUCUAGAUCUCACAGCAGGAGACUUCCUUAUCAGUACAAAGAGGGACACUGACGGGAGACAAACUAGAAAUUAGAAUUUUUAUACACAGCAAAAUAUACAGCAAGACAAGCGGGAGACUGUGUGAAUAUGUAUUUAUCUCGAUUUUAGAUGAUCGAAUUAUUCAAUCUACACAAUAUACGACUGAGUAAAGAAGCUUUGUAACGA